CCCCAUACAAGUAUUAAUACUUCAUCAUACAAAGUACAUACAUACUCAUCAUACAAAGUACAUACAUACUAUUAACCCUCUCUCAUUUCUGACCCUUGGACCUCGUGUCACCCGUGGUUGAUUCUCCGUCUCUGAGCAAGUUACCCACUCUCUCCACCCGCCGCCAAAAUGGGCAGCUUCACGUUCCGAUGGCCGUAUAAUGGGAAUGAAGUCUUUGUUACCGGGACCUUUGACGACUGGGGGAAGACUGUUCAACUUGACAGAAAUGGUGAUGUCUUUGAGAAGACAGUCUCGCUUCCCGAUACGGACGAGAAAAUACAGUACAAGUUUGUCGUGGAUGGUAACUGGACUACCGAUAGCAGUGCCCCUCAGGAAAGCAUCGGCGGCAACAUCAACAACGUUCUCUACCCUGACCAAAUUAAAAGCCCUGCCAUCACCAAUAUUCCUCAACUCACUGGUGCUGCAGUCAUGUCGGGAGUGACACCAGACUCAUCAACGGCUGCUCUGGUAGCCAACGUUCCCAAGGAAAGCGAGAAGAAAGCCUCCACCCUAUCCUCCGCUGCUCCCGAGUCGACAACGGCCAACCUGGCGAAGCAAGUCCCAUUUGAAAACAAAAAUAAUGAAGGCGUGCCUGGUUCAUUCCCAGACACGCCUGCAAAUGAGGCAGAAACAUUUUCCGUGAACCCCAUUCCUGCCUCCAGUGGUGCGAGCAACCCUAUCAAGUUGAAGCCCGGAGAGAAGGUUCCCGACCCCAGCACCACUCACUCGAGCACCGUCCAGUCGACCGUCCGCACCGAUCUAGCCGGGUAUGAGCAGGAUCCCAGUGGCUCGCUCGCAGGACUGCCCACCGCUACGAACCCGGCUGCGUCCCAUUCCAACCCCAGCGGCGGACGUCGUCAAAGUAAAAUCAUCCCCGAAUCGGGUCUGCCAGUCGACGGUGAGAGUGUCGGUUUGACAGACACAGGUAUCACCAUUGAAACUGCCACACCAUCUGCGACUACUGUUGGUCUCGCCUCUGCCGUCCCGCUCGAAUCUCAGAAACAAAACUCCAGCAGCGGUGCUGGUGGCCCGGUGAGUGAGGUUCCGAGCAGAGUGAGGAACUCUAUCUCCGAGGCACACCGGGACCCGGAGGCCGCGGCUAGCAAAGGUGCCGUGGAGGAAAAGAAGGAGUUGGAAGACGAGUUGAAACAAAAGGUCAAGCCCACCGAGGCGGGCGGAACACCAGGUCCCACGACCACCGCCGCAACAACAGAGACUGCGCCUGUCACUACCAGCGGUGCAUUCCAGUCGGGACAAGUGUCCCCUCGCUCGCCAUCUCCAUCGGAGCCAACAGUCACGACCGGGGUUGCUACUUCCAAAGCGCCUGGGGUUUCUAACGCCACAGGCGUGGCAGCGGCCGGUGCAGGACAGACUGGAACUAAGUCCUCUGAGCCUAAACAGGAUCGGUUUAAGCCGGGAGAAUCCAAGCAAACUGGCGCUGGUGACACUUCCGCGACGAAUGGUAACGGUAACGGACCCGUUCGCAAGGAUUAUGCCGACGAGGCACAAGGAAAAGCGAACGAUGUGGCCAAGGAACAGAAGAAGAAACACCGCGGCAGUGGGCUCUUCCAGAAGCUCAAGGAGAAGUUCAAAUAA